UUGACAGAAAAAGUGUUUGUGCGGAACGAGUGAGUUUGGUGAGAUAUUUCUUUGAACUGAGUGGUUUUGUGAGUGUACUGGACUUACAUUUGGACAGUACCGCUGAUAUGGAGCCCAGACAACAGGGUUUAUUGGACAAAGAACCUCUAAAGGAAGUGGACGAGGAUAUGGUGUCAGAGGUGGAUCUCAACAACACUGUCACAGAAGAGGAGCGAGAGGAAAUGCAGAAUGAACUGGCUAAGUUAGAGGAGGAAAUCAUUACUUUAAAGCAAGUCCUGGCCUCCAAAGAGAAGCGCCACUUGGAGUUGAAACAGAACCUGGGGAUCACACCAUUGAGUGAACUACGACAGAACUUCAGCAGGAGCUGGUACGAUAUGCAGACUAGCACAGCAUACAAAAAGACCUCUGAGACUCUGAACACGGCAGGGCAGAGAACCUCUGCAGCCUUCAGCAACCUGGGCACUGUCAUUAGCAGGAGGUUUGGAGACAUGAGGUCAUAUUCUAUUGGCUAUUCUAUACACCAUUCAAUGAGUAUGCCUGCAAUGAGGAACUCACCUAGUUUCAAGUCCUUUGAGGAGAAAGUUGAAUGCACAGUUUCUAACAUCAAGUCAAAGGUUGGAAGUACGGGAGGUGCGGGCAGUUUUGAGGAGGUCUUGUCAUCAGCUGCCAACGCCAGUGCCCAGGACACCCCUACAAACAACAAAACUGAGAGCAGUGAGCGCACAUGCUAAGAGUAUUAACGCAGUAUACCAGAUUACACAUGGAAUUCUGGUGCCCCCUAGUGGUCUGGAGACCACAGUGCGAGCUGAAAGCAUUAAAAUUGCACUAGGGGCCCAAAAUAGGGUUAAUGCAUGCCUUUCAGAUGUUACACUUGUGUGCUGAAAUAUUUAUCCAAAAUAUUUCCUAUCUUUUGAAUGGAAAAAAACAAUCAUGUGGAGCACAUUUAUCUUUAACUCUUGGUCAAAACAUGUAUAUUUUUCAAGAUGGCUGCAUUUAACAAAGUAAUUAUUAAUGUCCUGCUUUACUUUUGUCAUUAAUUUAUACUAACUCAACAUUGUGUGUCCGUAACGAAGCUUAAGACAUUUCUAGGACCAAAAAUAAUGACUGUGUAUCCAAUCCUAAGAGAGGCACUUGAGAAUGUUUAACAAAAACUGAUGUCAGACCUACUAUUUAAAUAUUUGUUAUUUCAUUUAUUUGUUAAUUGUCUUAUUCUUACUGUAUACCCUACAACUAGAGCAUACGUAUGGUGAUUAUGUAGGAUUUAUGUUUCUCAGUGAUGGCUUUAAAUUUAUAUUGUUAUGAUGUAUUGGCAAUAAUAAUUGUCAUUGGCCAAAAAUGUAUAGCAUUACGUUUAUCCUGUUUUUUCUUUUCUUUAUAAAUAUUGUAAACCUUUGCAUCCACUUAAUGGAUUUAGCUUUGACACUGAGGUCAGUUGUUGUUUUAAAUAACAUGUUUUUAUAACUUAAAAGAUCUAACUUCAAGUACUCAGUGUUGAACUUGACCUGCUGUUGGCAUAACUUUUGCCAUUAAACGAUUUUUGCAAAGUCACCAAGUCCUGGACCAUUAGUCCUGAAAUGAAGGUGAACUGGCCCAUAAUCAGAAACCAUAAAAUUAACAUUAAUUUUA